GAUGGAGACACAGUUCAUAACGGAAGAAGAAGAUCCGGAGAUAACGCUGGUCCUAGAGCCAUCUGAUAGCGAGCAGGACUCGGUUGUCUCCGAAAAUGAAGAGGACACAAACACAGAGGAUGAUGUGCUGGACUCUGAGUCCACCGAACAUUCCUCUGAUGAGUCCUCUGAGGACAGGACAGAGAACGGGGAGUACAUGGAGGAGAAAGAGGAUCCUGGAUGGAAAUCGAGGAAUGGGCAGAUUGUCUGGUCUCCCAGUCACGCCGAGACGCUGCGCUACUUUCCAGCCACCGCUUUGACUCCGGGACCCACACGGUACGCCAUCGCCCGGAUCAGCAACGUCAAGUCCUGCUUCGAUCUCCUCAUAACAGAAGAGAUCACCCAGCUCCUCGUGGACAUGACCAACCUGCAGGGGAGACGCACCGUGAAAGACUGGAAAGACGUGGAUGCUACUGACCUGCAGGCGUAUAUGGGCUUGCUGAUCCUAGCCGGUGUGCACAGGUCGCGGAACGAGUCUACCCACAGCCUGUGGGAUGACCACACCGGACGGGCCAUCUUCCGGGCCACCAUGUCCCACUGUAAAUUCAGGCUCCUGAGCUCCUGUUUGCGCUUCGAUGACAGGAUGACACGACCUGAGCGUAAUAAGAAAGACAAGCUGGCUGCCUUUCGGACCAUCUGGGAGAAGUGGACGCGACGCCUCCCGCUGCUGUUCAAUCCGGGUCGAGAUGUGUGUGUGGAUGAGCAGCUCGUCCCGUUCAAAGGCAGCUGCAGGUUCCGCCAGUACAUGCCUCAAAAACAAGCCAAGUAUGGCUUAAAGAUCUGGGUCACCUGCGACGUCAAGACAUCCUAUGCGUGGAAGAUGCAGAUCUACACGGGGAAAUCUGAUGGCGGUGCCCCGGAGGUGAACCAGGGAAAGAGAGUUGUUCUGGAAAUGACUGAGGGGCUCAAGGGGAGCACCGUGACCUGUGACAAUUUUUUCACCUCCUAUGCGCUGGCAGAGGAGCUUCUGAAGAGGAAAAUUGCCCUUGUCGGUACUGUUCGUAAGACUAAGACAGAGCUUCCCCCGCAACUGCUGCAGACGAGGCAGAGAGCGCCCCUGUCCUCCCUCUUUGCCUUCACCAGGACGCACACAGCGGUGUCGUACGUACCCAAACGGGGGAAGAUUGUGCUGCUCCUCAGCACCAAGCACCGGGAGCCGGCUGUGAGCGACACUGAGAAAAAGAAGCCAACUAUCUUCACAGACUACAACCGCUGCAAAGGAGGUGUCGACAACAUGGAUAAGCUUGUCAGCAUCUACAGCUGUAGGAGAAAGACAUGUCGCUGGCCGAUGGUUCUCUUUUACAACAUGCUGGACGUCUCUGCCCACAACGCCUUUGUACUGUGGACAUCCGUGGAUUCUUCCUGGAACCAGGCCAAGAAAUUCAGACGGAGGCUUUUCCUGGACGAACUGGGGAAAAUGCUCGUGUCUCCGCAAAUGGCACGGAGACAGCGCCUUCCCCACACACCAGCCGCUGCCGCCAUGGUGGCAAGACUACGGCAACAGGACACAGACCCAGACCCUGACUCAGACAACAACCCCAAAAAGAGGAGGCUGUGUGAGUUAUGCACUGGAAAAAGGAAAAAAACGGCCACCACCUGCAUCAAAUGUGGCAAGUGUGCCUGCAAAGACCACACGUCAUUCAUUUGCAGCACCUGCUACAAACUGAAAUGAGCUCACACACACACACACACACUCUAUUUAUGUUCUGAAUAGUCUUGGAUUUUGAAAAAUAAAUCUUGUUCUUGUUCAAAGUGAA